UCGACCAUUGACAGACCUACAAUGUUUUAUUACUCAGUAUUGUUUUUAUUUAUUCUUAAUCUCGGAAUUUCGACGCAAGAUAAUUUGAGUUUUCAAAACGAAAACAUAGAAAUAUACAGUUUACGUCAACGUACAUUUUUUGAUGUAACUACAAAAACAAUCGUUAUAAAAAAUUGUAGUUUGGAAAGGAUUGAAAUUGAAGCUUUUAAAAACAUACAUGUGCAUAAGAUCUAUAUAGUUGAAAAUCCUCUGAAACGGCUAAAGAGAAGAAUGUUUUCCAAUGUUCAAGUUGAUGAGUUAUAUUUGGACCGUAAUAAUAUAGACAGCAUCGAACCUGGAACUUUCAAUUACGUGCUUCCUAUAUACGAAGAUUCCUUACAAAUCUUAUCGCUAAGUUAUAAUAGUUUGCAAACAGUAACUCGGGGUAUGUUCAGUGGUACCAAUUUUCGAAAAAUAGUGUUGAAUUAUAAUCAAAUAGAAUCCGUAGAGUUCGGUUCCUUCGAGAAUAUGCCUUAUUUGAUGGCAUUAGGUCUUGGUGGCAAUAAAUUGAAGAGAAUCGACGUGGGUGUUUUCAAUAAUUUCCAUAUGCCUGUGAUGUUGAAAUUAUCUGAGAAUUCGAUCGGUUUUAUACAUCCCAGAGCUUUCGAAAAUUCGACUAUUUUCAGUUUGGAUUUGGAGGAAAACAAUUUAGGAGUAAUUUCAAAAAGUACAUUUUUAAAUACUAACAUUGGGUGGUUUUUCGUUUGAAAUAUGAAAUUUAUAAAAGCGAAGGAAAUAAUUUUCAUGAUUUUGUAAGGUAGGUUAUCAAAAAUAAAAUGUUUACCGAAUAAAAUUAA